AUGUUCCACUAUGUGAUUAGGGCCCUGAACUUUUUCUGGAGGAGGCUGAACACCUUAAAUCAGGAGCGGCCUGGGCAGCCAGAGCUCUCAAAAGAUGACAGCAAGUUGAAUACCGUGCAGGGAGUUGUGACAAGGUUCUGUGAUGAUUAUGGCUUGAUUAAUGAGUUAAUCUACUUUACUAAUGACAUUGUGACUGACAAUGUGCUUCUAAAUGUUGGACAAAAAGUUACCGCAGUUGUGAAAGACGAUAAAACAUCUCAUGGAUUGAAAGCGAUCAAAGUGGAUGCUUUCGUUGAUAAUCGUGGUAGUAGACCAUCAAUAUCUGGCAGCAAAAUUUUAAUUGGUUAUAUUACCUCUCUAACGAAAGGUGGUGGCUUCAUUAAUAAGACAACUUACUUCUCUCUAAACGUUGUUUGUAAAGGAUUUGAGCCUUAUAAGGGUGACUGGGUAGAAGCUGAUUAUUCUGUCAAGCCAGGCACAUCAAAGCUCAAUAUAAUCUCAGUGAAGCCCAUGAACUGCAGACAUGUGGAUAAGGUCUGCAUCACUAGCUUCUAUGAAAGAAGUGGGGUGUUAGAUGAUACUGUGUUUUUCACCUUGGAUUCUCUGAAAAUUUCUGAUGGAUACAUACCUCAAAAAUUAGAUGUCGUCAAUGUGGUCAUGGUGAAGAGCAUUCAGUCAUGGUACAUCUGGAGAGCACUUUCUAUGACCCUGGUGAAAAGAGACUCUUCAGACUUCACUGAGAAUAUUGAUGAAUCAGCUGGAUCCCUGUUACUGGAAAAUAAAGGCAAUAUUCAGGUUUCAGAAAUGACACAUUUUGGAACCAUAAGCGAAGGAGAAAGUAAAACCAUGAGGAUCUGGAUUGAGAAUAAAGGAGAAUCUCCUCGAACCUUAGUCAGAUGCCAGUUUGUUGGCUGGGAAAAAACUAAACAAUUCAGUUUGCAAUUGCCUGAUGAAGGCCAAAAGCACCCAGGGGUACCUCAUGUUCCUGACAAUCCUGGGGAGAAGAAAUUUUCAAAGAGAAAUGUUAAUGAAUUAGAUAGUGACAGAAAAGCAGAGAACCCUCAGACAUUGGACAGGAGUUUGGCGGACAACAGAGAAUCCUCUCCAGAUGAAUGUACCUCGCAAAGAGAAAAUAGACAAAAACAAAAGACUGUAUCCAGGAAUCAGAUUACAGAUUCUAAUCUCAGUGGAUAUGGACUAAUUCCUCCAGGUGGAAAAAUCUUCGUUAUGGUAACCUGUAAUGCAAGAACUCCUGGCCAUUGCAAAGAUCUCCUUUUGCUUUUUUUUUCUGAUUUCACAAUUGGGCGGUACAUUGAGGUAAAUGUAGUAAGUGCUCAGGAGUCACUCAUAGCUGCCACAGAACCAUAUUCUCAGGAAUGGUCUGAAAGUUCUCAAGCGCCACAUCCCUCAAGAUCUGUUGUACCCGGGACCAGACUGAGAAGGUAUUCAAGACGAGCACUUCCAAAUUUCCUUCCAUAUUAUCCCAUCCCAGAAGCACUUAGAACGUGUGUGGAACAAAACAUUGACAUAUUAAAUUUUCAACCACUUCUUGCAGAGCUUUUGAGCAUGUUGAACUACAAAGAGAUAUUUUCAACUUUGCUAUGGCUUGAAGAGAUUCAUGAGGAAAUGGAAAUGAAGGAGUUCAAUAUGAGUGGAGUCAUUUUAAAGAAGAAAGGGAAUUUCUUGGUUUUGGAGAUCCGAGGAUUAUCUGAUAAUAGACCACCUUUGAAUCCAGGUGAUAGAGUGGUUUUAAGAAAUCUGGAUUGCCGUGAACACGUGAUUCAGUACAAUGCCUAUGUUCAUCAGAUUCACGAAGAAGAGAUAAUUUUUAAAGUUAAUUCAAGAUUUAAUGAAACAUAUAAUUUUGAACCUAUGGAUGUAGAAUUUAUAUUUAAUAGGACUCCAAGCAGACGAUGUCACUUAGCAGUUGAAGAAGCCAAACAUUUAGGUGAAAAAGUAUUAUUUCCAGACACUCUCGUAUUAAAGGCUCCCCAAGUUUCAGAGAAUUGGAAUGAUGAACAGUCUCUCACUAUGUUUCUACUGAUAUUCAACUUUUUUCGUUUGCAACUGAUACUUUGUGUCUCCGCUUUGAAUGCAGAAAGUAGAAGUCCAACCUCUAAAAUAAGAAAUCUGAAAUUUUUCAAUCCAUUGCUGAAUGAAAAUCAGAAAUCAGCAGUUAGAAGGAUACUGAAUGGUGAAUGUCGACCAAUCCCAUAUAUCCUUUUUGGCCCUCCUGGAACUGGAAAAACAGUUACAUUAAUAGAAGCAACUUUACAGGUGCAUAACGCUCUACCCAACAGUCGGAUUUUAAUCUGUGCACCAUCCAACAGUACAACAGACCUCUUGUGUUUGCGGCUACAUGAGACCAAGGUGCUGAAGCCUGGGGUCAUGGUUAGAGUGAACGCCAACUGCAGAUGUGAGGAGGCAAUCAAUGAAGCAAUUAGACCAUAUUGCAAAGAUGGCAACAAUCUUCAGAAAGCCUCACACUUCAGGAUAAUACUUACAACAUGCAGCACUGCAGGACUUUUUUACCAAUUAGGAAUAAGAGUUGGACAUUUUACACAUGUAUUUGUGGAUGAAGCAGGACAAGCAUCGGAGCCAGAAUGCCUUAUUCCUCUAGGGUUUAUUUCACACUCCACAGGCCAGAUUGUGCUUGCUGGAGACCCCAUGCAGCUUGGACCAGUUGUCAAAUCCAGACUUGCUUUGGCUUAUGGGCUGAAUGUGUCUAUGUUGGAAAGAUUGAUGUCUCGACCAGCGUAUCAAAGAGAUGAAAAUGCAUUUGGUGAUUGUGGUGCAUACAACCCUUUGAUGGUUACAAAGCUUGUGAAGAACUACAGAUCCCACUCUGCUUUGCUUACAUUGCCAUCUAAACUAUUUUAUCAUCAAGAACUCGAAGUCUGUGCAAAUCCUAACAUAGUGAAUUCUUUGCUUGGCUGGGAGAAAUUGCCUAGAAAGGGUUUUCCUCUCAUUUUUCAUGGUGUGAGGGGCAAUGAAAUGCAGGAAGGAAGAGGCUCCUCAUGGUUCAAUACAGCUGAAGCAGUGCAAGUCAUGCGUUAUUGCUGUCUUCUUACCAAGUGUGUCUCAAGUAACCUGUCACCGAGUGAUAUUGGUGUGAUCACCCCCUACCGGAAGCAGGUGGAGAAAAUCAGAAUUGUUUUGCGAAGCAUAGAUCUGAUGGAUAUAAAGGUUGGAUCGGUAGAGGAAUUUCAAGGACAAGAAUAUAUGGCUAUCAUCAUUUCAACUGUACGAUCAAGUGAAAUCAAUUUUCAAGAUAAUAAGCUUUUUUUGGGGUUCUUGGCCAACUCAAAAAGAUUUAAUGUUGCAAUCACCAGAACCAAAGCUUUACUGAUUGUGCUGGGAAACCCUCACGUUCUGGCCAAAGAGCCCUGUUUCAAUGCUUUACUGGAAUACUGUAUUACAAAUGGUGCUUACAUCGGAUGUGAUUUACCUCCUGAAUUGCAGUCCUUACAAAGGUGA